AUGUAUCAAGUAGCGAAGGGAUCGAUGUAUGGACUAUCCUCCAAUGGAAAGCACUCGAUUACUGUCCUGACAUCCAUCCAGGGAUUCAUCGACCAGUUCGCGAAGACGGGAGAGAAGAAGAUAGAUUAUGUCGUGGUCAAUGCUGGGAUUCUAAAGUAUCCAAAUAGCAACCGAGAUGUAUGUACAACAACCAAGGACCACAUAGACCGCCUUCAUAACUCCACCAGGACUUUCGAUCACUUCGCUCAACAUCUGCAUACCAACACCGUGGGCCCCAUCAUUGUCGCCCAGAAACUUCUCCAGAUGGCAGACGUCGCCGUCGGCACUAUUGCCUUCAUGUCGAGCGACUCCGGCUCCACGCGGCGUUUCCUCUCCUUUGAAGAUGGGUUCGCUGCAUACUCUGCUUCAAAAGCAGCACUCAACCAGGCAUUGCGCGUAGGAUGCCUCUCUCGUAAUACAUACCAAAUCCCUACUAACAACCCCUUGCAGCAUAUGGCGGAGGAGUUAAAGCGCAAGGGAAGCCAAACUAUUAUCCUCGCUCUGCAUCCAGGGGAGGUUGCCACAGACAUGGCAAACAUCGAUAUCACCUGGGAGAUUGACGGCGGCCAGAUCACUGCCGAAGAGUCCGUUAGAGCGUUGGUGAAUGUCAUUCAGAGCAAAACCAUCGAACAUACCGGGACAUUUUGGACUUGGCAGAAUGAAGAAUACCCAUGGUGA